UAUGUCGUUUAAUUCCAAUAUGUAGGGCUGAGACAGCGCGGUCAAUACGACGUUCAAAGCAAGAUAUCAGGUUCCCAAUGUAAAGAUGUGCUUACGUAUUGUGAUUCAGUGAAAGAAAAUGGCGGAUGUGUGCUACCUAGAUAUCAGAGAGAUUGUAAAAUGACGUGUGGAAUUUGCAGCCAAGAAACCCAGCUAAUAGUUCGAGAAAACAAAGAGUGUAGAGACAUUGGCAACGUGCAAUUCUGUGCAAGGGCUUGUCACCAAAAGAAAAGCAAACACCUCAAGCUCUAUUAUGCUCGAAAAUAUUGUCGAAAGACUUGUGGCUAUUGCAGUCGAUUAAAAAAGAAAGUCGAAAACACUUGUGUAGAUCGUCCUAUUUGCAAAAGGCUGACGACGUUUUACAAGAUCGAGAACUGUUGGAGACUCCCUCAUACAUUAAGAAAGCGAGCCUUAAGGAAAUGCCCAAAACUAUGCGGAUUAUGUUCUCCGAUAACAGAGAAGCCUCCAGUACCAACGACCACACUUCUCAACGGGGUCGCCGCGGAGAAACUAAAACUGACUGAAGCCCCUCGACCUCCCCAUCCACCAGUGGACGACGGUGAAAGCGAUGAAAGGCCAAGAGGUGGAGUCUUUUACAUCUAUACCAAAUAUCUGUCGCUUUAGGUUAGCAAAAGGAUCGCGCAUCGGGCAUUAUAGCCUCGGGGUACUGCCCUGGGGAUCGCAGGCUCGUAUUGAGCCGAUCAAAUAGAUAGAUCCAAAAUAUUUUGGACAAGUAAAUAUAGAGCAAAUGUGUGGCGACGUGUGAAAUAACUGUGUAACCAGUCUAAAGACGUCAUUUAGUCGAUAUAAACACGAUAGAUAUAAUAGGAGAACAAUACUGACUGUAAUGGAUAUUUUCGGGUGAAACUCGAAGCUAUAUGGAACGCUGUGGGUGUUGUACUAUAUAUAUAUUUUAUAUUCACAUCUCGACACGUGAAACUUGAGUAUUUCUAGCAAUUUGAUUGGUUGAGAACUAGAUGUUACUAGAGUAUUAGCACACGCGGGAAAAUCUAUUCAAAAAUCCCGUAAUCGAUUGCAUUUUCCCGCGCUUGCGUGCUGUACUGAGAACGCGCAUGCGCGGCCGGUAAUCUACAAUUGGUCUUUACACACUAUGGCGAGCACUGUGCAGCACGCAUGCGCGGAGAAAAGUAACGUUUCCUCAACUAUCGUUUUGGCUGGGGCAUAGAGUUUCGCACGCAUAGCCUCGAUUUGAUUCUCCGGUAUGCAGUAAUGUCAAAAUGAUUCGUUGGAAUGCGUUGAGAUAGUUUGUCUGUAGCCAAACAUUGGUCGGACAUCAAGGCUGUGCUCUGUACUCUACUAAUAUGCUCCGUUGUAAUCGGUCUUUGAGUAACUUUAUAUAUACAGCACUGUACAUAAUAUAUGUCUAAAAAAGCGUAGAAACUGUUGUAUCUACAGUAAAAAAUUCCAUGGGAUUCAUGAUUGUAUGAUUAUUGUGUGUUUUG